AUGUCGACAGACGCCGAGAUGGCCAUCUUUGGAGCAGCAGCUCCUUACCUCCGGAAGUCAGAGAAGGAGAGAAUUGAGGCCCAGAACAAGCCUUUCGAUGCCAAGACAUCUGUCUUUGUGGUACAUGCCAAGGAAUCCUAUGUGAAAAGCACAAUCCAGAGCAGGGAGUCAGGGAAGGUCACUGUCAAGACUGAAAAGGGAGAGAGGAGGGUGAAGGAACUCACCUACCAGUCUGAGGAAGACCGGAAGAAUGUUCUCAGGCUGCAGGAUCUGGUGGACAAGCUGCAAAUGAAAGUGAAGUCCUACAAGAGACAGGCUGAGGAGGCUGAGGAGCUCUCCAAUGUCAACCUCUCCAAGUUCCGCAAGAUCCAGCACGAGCUGGAGGAAGCCGAGGAACGGGCUGACAUUGCAGAGUCACAGGUCAACAAGCUCCGAGUGAAGAGCCGGGAGUUUCAUAAGAAGGUAGCAGAGGAGGAAUAAGGUUCCCAAAGCUAAAAAGUGACCUGAGGCAUGCAUAAAAUGUAAACCUCUGUGUUACUUUCUUCUGUAAUUAUCAUUUAUGUGUAGGUAAUAAAUACAGUAGAGACCUUUGCAUAUGAACAGUGCAUACUUUAUUUAUUCUAGCAUUCGUUACAUUUAAAAGUAUGUCAAAGAGCAUUACAUUUUUACAUCUGCAUUUUAAAAGUGCAUGAAAAAUAGUAACGAUUAUAUAGAUUUAUUAUUCCUCUUACAAUGAGAAGUAUGCAUUUCUUUGAUGGACUAAGACUACAUUCUUCCAAGUUAUUUUGAUCAAUACUUUCGGGAAAAAAAAAAAUAAAAGGAAAAAUA